AAAAACCAACACUCCAGCAGCGCUUAGAACUGCAAAGCUGUGUGAGUGCGCAGAGACAGCUGCGGGUUGGCUUGAAAGCAGUGAACCUCUGACACAGAAGAAACGCAACAAUUCUCAGGCUACAGCGUACAGCGUUAGCAACAUACCUGAGAUACACGGCACUGAACAGGAUAAAACGAACACAGCGUUUGAACUGCCAGUAGGAAUACGCUUCUGUGAAGUACUCUGUAAUUCUUGGAGACACUUAAUGAAUGAAGGACUGCUGUCCGUAUUCGAUUUUACACUAACCUUGGCAUCAUUUAAGAAAGUAAGUGGUGGAUUUGUUUCAUGUGCUGCAAGAACCCGAUAGACGUGGACAGUAACUUAAUGAAACAGUUCCAACCGUUUAUAUAUUGAUUAAAAAUGGAUCUAGGGGAAUGCAAGAUCUCAGUGUGGGUUUGCAGAGAGGAGAAGCUGGUGUCGGGUCUGUCGAGACGCACUACCUGCGCCGAUGUUGUCAAGGUGCUUUUGGAGGACAGCAACCUCCAGCAAGGGGCAUCAGCGCGAAUGCUGUCAGGGUACCCAGAGUCUUACUGUGUUGUGGAGAAAUGGAGAGGCUUUGAGAGGAUUUUGCCCAACAAAACAAAGAUCCUGCGACUCUGGAGCGCGUGGGGAGAGGAGCAAGAAAACGUAAGGUUUGUGUUGGUGAAAAAUGAAGCUUCUUUACCCAACAACGGACCCAGGAGCGCAGAGGCAAAAGUCGUUCUCAGCAAAGAGAGCCCAUGUGGUUUUAAAGGAACAGCAAGGGCCACUAUGGCUCUGUCCCAGGAAAAACAACGCCGGAUUGUCCGGAAAGCGUUUAGGAAACUGGAUAAAAUCAACAAGAAAAGACAAGAAGCGCCUUUACCCAAGGAUACAACGUCAGGGGAAAAGAUGGAAACUUUAGUGCAUCUGGUUUUAUCGCAGGAUCACACUAUCCGCCAACAGAUACAGAGGAUUAAAGAACUAGACAGGGAGAUCGAGAGGUAUGAAGCUAAAGUUCACUUUGACAGAAUGAAAAUGCAUGGGAUCAACUAUGUGCAAGACACCUACAUGGUUGAUGCCAGCCUGGAGGCUGACUCGAAUGCAGACGGCGAUAAAAACGAGUCGGCGGAGGCUUUUGCACAGUUUGAAGAGUACUCAAGGCGGUGCGAGGAAGUUAUAAAGAUGCAAGAGCAAUUGACAGAUCAGGAAGCACUGAUGGACACGAUUACUGCGGAGAUCCAGGAAGAGUUAAACCAGAGGUGGAUGAAGCGACGCCAAGAGGAGAUCUCUGCCAAGGACACAGGCAGCAACCUGACAGAGACCGAAUCUGCAAUUACAGUAACUGCAACAGCAUCAGAGCCAAUUGCUUCUGAUAACGAGCUGCUUAUGGAUCACGAAAGGAUAAAAACUCAACUAGACACUAGUCUAUACAUCGGGCUCCGAUUAAAUACGGACUUGGAAGCAAUUAAAAGUGAUUUAGAUCUUAGUCAGGAGCUGUGGGAUGCAAAGGAGGAAGAGUUGCGCGUUUUGCUCGAAAAGGUGAAUUUUAUGGAUAUUGAGGCGUCGGACAAAACAGAGGAGCAUACUGAGGACCGCAGCCCUGCAACAAGUGAAACUGAAAUGCUACCCCCAUUGGACACAAACAGUGGCUGGGUUGAGCAGGCAAGGGGACUGUCAAAAAACUGCAACACAAACGACGAGGACUCAGACACAGGGUUAAGCUCGAUGCACAGUCAGGAUUCGGAUACUACACCUGUCUGCGAAUCUUUGGUAUAAAGAUUUUCAUUUCUUGAAUGUUUACCCAUUAGCUCAGGGGGCAAUAUAUAAAACACUACAAACGUGUUACUUUCUUGUUCCAAAAUACAGCACGUGUAAUACACUGCUAAAAGGAUUAAUGUUACUAGUAGUUUUUGCAAAAGUGCUACGCCCAGGACCUCUGAUCAUGUUUUGUCACCUGUGCACCCGUUAUAUCAUAUAGAACUGAUAUCCUUGCAUCAGAGUUGCUGUUUUGUCCUACAGCCCAAUUGGUAUUUUGCGCAUACAAAAUGUUGCUCUGUAGCGUAAGUCACAUAAAAACUAAAGGCGAUGCUGCAUUGUGAAAGAUUCACGUAACACACUCAAGAGUAAGCUUAUGGCAAAUGUGUAGAACUAAGAAAAUCUAUCAUUUAAACGACUGCGUUGUUGUAACCGCAAAUAAAAUACACUUAUGUCGCAUCUGUAUAUAUUAAAGUGACAUAAAUUUAGUUUUGUUAACAAAGUAAGUUUAUACUGUAGAAAACAACAAUAAAAAGAAAAUGUUCUUUAAUCCUGAGUUAUUGGUUUCAAUGCAUGCAUGCCCAGGAUAUUUUACCUCGUUAGUAUGCUGGAUCAGUGUGCAGGACACAACCUGUUGGUAUAACUGGAAGAAAGGGAUUAUAGUAAAAUCGGGACUACUCUGGGCAACUUCGGUGAUCCCUGGAACUUAUAAUGCCAAAUGUACAAGUUUAACAGGUCAUAGAGAAGGUCUAUGAUGUAUAUUAUAGGUUAUCUGAAGGGUCAAUUGUGCUUUAAGCAAAAAUUGAGUAUUAGCAAACAGAAGACAUUCGAUGCAUUACAGUAUCAGAAUCAGAUCAAAACUUUAAACAGUAAAAAAAAAAAUGAAAAGUGUCUGUUGUACUAAAACGUUUCUUUAAGUUUUAUUCACAAUCUGUAGGUGGCUGGCUGACAAUACAUGAUGCACGUGUCAGAUGUCAAAUACUCACAUGUGCAAUAUGUAAACGAAAAAGACCUGUGGAAUAGAGCCAGGAGAAGUCAUGGGAACAGUGGAACUGACCUUUUAAACACAUUGUAUCCCUAUGCAUUGUGUGGGUACUGGCAAUCAAUGCUUCUAUGCAACAGUUUACUAAAAUCACCAUAAAGAUCCCCCAAAAAUUAAGGGCCUCUUUUACAAAGAUCCAGCAAUGUGAUGCCAACUUUAUGUGAAGAAGAAAUGCAUUUGAAUGAGACUGCUGCAGCUUAUCCAUCAAUCAGUUAUAUACUAUGGCCCUACACAACUUUGUGUUUCAUGUUCUACCUGUAUCAGGGUGUCACUCCAGUUGGAUUUAAGCUCUACAGGUGUUUCCAGGAAGAUUGUUAGGUAUGUGACUUGCCUGCAGAUUUUCCGCAUUUCUGAGCUGGGAGGUUUAUGUUGCAUGGCACCCCACCUACAACUGGUAAAGCCACAUUAGGUGAUUGCUACUGAAGCUGUCUUACAGAACAGUAUGUACAGCAUGCCAAUUUGUAUAUGAGACAAAUAGGUAAUUAAAUGACUGAAAAUACAAAAGUAACCAUGCCUUUGGAAAUUCUUUGGCAUACAGUACAGCUGCUAAAUCCAUUACUAUGAUACUACAAGAUUCAAACCUCCUGUAUAUUUCAGACUGUAUUUAACAAAACAACUGGCAGUUAAAUGUCAUCUUUUAAAUCUAAACUCAUAUUGUUAAAAUUUGAUAGAAAAUAUCAUAUUGAUGCAAAGUUGUUCCCAAAAUACAUCCUACUGUCUUGACAAAGUUGGCUCUUUUGAAUUUAUCUAAAUAGUGGCACCUCUGCUAAAAGUACAAUACUGUAUCUUGCAUGCUAUUAUGCCUGGACAAACAACAUUAAAUUGUGCAGACUGUGUCAUUGCUCAGUUACUGUAUGGUUGUUAAGUAACAGUUGAAAAACAGUUUGAAUUAUCUCUGUUAACAUGGCUACUAUAUCAGUGUGUUGAGUAUUGCAGGUAUAGCAUUCUUAGAAGCUUACAAACUGUGUAUGAUUGACCCAUGGUGUAGAGUGUGAAUUUGAAUUGUGUAUGUUUUUAUGAGUUACUACAGAUUCCACUAAAACUAUAUGCAGCACUAUUACCAAGGAGCAAAAUAUUUUACAGCGUUUUGCUUUGGAAUAUUUAAACAAGGAAAUAAAGUUUAGUGUCUUUAUUAUAUUCUACUGUAUAUAAACUUA